AUGAUCGCGGCUGCCCGCGCCGCGCUGCUCGGCGCCGUGCUCUUGCCGCGGCUCAGCGCGGAGACCAUCCAGGAGCACCUGCUGGAGCUCGGGAAGCAGUCGUUCGAGGUGCGCUCGCAGGAGUGGGUGACGUCGACGCUGGACGACGACGUUUUCGGCGACAACUUCGGCACGAACCCGGACUUCAGCUACGACGACCCGCGCAACUACCCGGUGUCGCGCGACUUCGAGAACCCGCGCCACGCCUGCUUCGAGGACGACGCCGCGUUCCCGUGGGUCAAGUUCUCCGACGCGCGCCCGCUCCACGUGGCCUGCGACUGCGGCAACGUCGCCAUGGCCGCGCGGCUGCUCGCGGCGGGCGCGCGCGCGGACGCGGAGGACGAGGACGGCGAGACGCCCCUGGAGCGCGCGACCUACGCGUGCCGCCUGCGCUACGCCAUGUCCGAGGAGGAGCUCGCGAUGCUCGAGCGGCUCCUCGAAGGGGCGGAGGACGCGACGGUCGUCGAGGGCCCAUCGCAUUGCCGCGCGCCGCUGCACACCCGCGCGAUGUCGUUCCGCAAGUUCUCCGCGCUGACCGUGCACCUGAAGCAGGGCGUCGAGGCGCCCGACAUGAAGGCGAAGCUCGCGCUCGUCGCGCAGGGCGCCCUGCGGCCCUACGUGCGCCGCCUGUUCUACCUCAUGGAGCCCUACCGGACCUACGCGGACCACCGGCUGACGGUCCAGCGCACGAACGAGGCCAUGGCCUUCCUCGCCGCGGCGCCGGCGAGGCUCGAGGCCGCGGCGGCGGCCGCGGGGCCCGCGGCGCGCGCGAAAGCCGCGGAGAGCACCGGCGCCGCGGAGUCGCUCUUCUUCAAGCACGCCUACAAGAUCUACGGCGCCGUCAUCGUCUCCUACUGGGGCGUCUGCAAGGCCAUGGAGAAGCCCGAGCCCGCGCACCCCAUGGUGGCCGCCGACCCCUGCGGGGACUUCGUCAACUUGGAGUUCGUGGAGAGCCCCGGCUGGCUCAGCAACUUCAAGAACGUCGCCCUCAGGCUCGAGGCCGCGGGCGUCCCGCGCUUCGACGGCGUCCUCUGCGCCGGGGACAGCGCGGAGAUGAAGGCGCCGUUGAUGACGGAGUCCAUGGGCCUGCUCGACGACAGCUCGAGCGAUGACGACGCGCCGCGCCGCGCGGCGCCGCCGCGGCCGAAGAUCAUCUCAGCAGAGAGCCUCAUCGCGCGCGCCGCGGCGCUGCCGCCGAAGGCGCCGCCGCCGCGGAAGCCCGUGUCGCUCCUCGAUAGCAUGGCCGAGAAGUACGCGCGGAAGGCCGCCGAGGCCAAGCUCGCGAAGAAGCAGGGCCGCGCGGCCGCGCCGGCCGCGCCGCCGCCGCCGCCGCGGCCCGCGCCGCCGCCCGCGCGGCCGUCGCCGGCCAAGGCCUGGCUCGACGACACGUCGUCCGACGACGACUUCCCGCGCGCCGUCGCGAGCGCCAAGGCGCUCGCCGCGUCCAGCGACGACUCCGAGUCCGACUCGUACGCGUUCGCCAAAGCGCCGAAAAAGCCGGCCGCGAAGCGCCGCCGCGUCGAAAAGCGCGCGCCGUCGUCGUCCGACGAGUCGGACGACGGCGCGCCCGCGCCCGCGCCCGGCGGCGACGGCGACGACUGGCUGGACAUGGACUACAACCCGUG